AUGGCAACAAAGAAGAAGCUGGCCCUUGAGUCUUUGGAUGUUAGAUACGAUAUAAUUGAUGAACCUACUAGGCUUCGUAAACAAAGGUCCGAAGAGGUGAAGAGAGUCUCCCAAUGUAUACCCCCCUCCUUCCCUCAGUUGGUCAUUGUAAGGGGCUGUGGGAGUGGACGCGGUCAGCUGCUCAUGAUUCCUCAAAGAUGGUAUCGUUCUGCAAACGAUGCAGCAGAAACAAGUUUGACUUCAAGAGUAACAACUGAAAAAAUCAUUGACGGCAUAUACAAGAAGACAAGGCUGAAGACAAACAGUGUUGGGCGACGCAUGGAAAAUUUUUGUGCCCCGCCAAACCAUCGAGAGAGCAAAAGCAAUUUUUCCACUCCCCCUACCCGCAAGAAAAAUUUUCACGGCCAAUUCACAGGAAUCUCGCAAUUCGAUUCUUCUUCACACCCAGGGCAAGCCCCAAUCUGCAAUGAAAAAAACAAAAGCCUGUCAGACGUCCAUCAACACCCACCCUGUCCACGCGCCCAAGGGCAGACCACGAACAGGGUCGAGAUCAUCAAGAAACAACUCUCUAUACAGCAAUUGCACAAGGCAAACACCGCCAUUCUUGCGAACAGAGCGAGAGGACCAAAAAAGUUUUCACUCUUGGGUGCUGAGGAUAUACAAUCAUCAACCAGGGUGGAUUCGAUGGCUCUUUUGGGAACCAAAGCAAGAGACGAAUACUAUAGAAAUGAUUCUCCUGUAGAAAGAAAAACACAAAGGUUAGAAGCCGUUUGA